AUCUUUUUCGUCCUUUCACAUCCCCCUGACCCUUCUUCAUACCACGACUGGAUCUCAGUCAACCAACGAAAUUGUGAAUAUCGACAGAGCUGGCAUACAUGGACAUCGAUCAUCAGGCAUUUCGGCGGGACCAGCUCGACGGAUCUUCGUCGCUGAAUCCUAUUGUCAAUAUCGAGGUAUCUACGGAUUCCACUACGGGCGCGAAAUUUGUGUUUUGGGAAGACAUCGAAACAUUCUUCCCAGGGCUUCGUCACGUCCAUCGUAAUGGCAAUAUUAUGGUCGCAUUUAUGAGAGACAAGGCCGGACAGCGAUACAACCCAGCAAGAAUCAAGCACUAUCCAGGAAUGGUCCUCCAUGUCACUACAGCUGGCUAUCCACCAGCUGCACUGAGGACGGGUGGCGUCGAUGAAGUGGAGGGCGCAUCGCCACCAGAGUAUGCUGCAUCUUCGGCUGAUAUCUCUCUUAUGGGUUCUGGAGCAGGAUCACCAUCUCAAUUACAAGCAGCACCUAAUGAUGGAAAGCAGGCAAUGCUACCUUCAUCUCGCCCUGCAGGAGUGCCGUAUAACAACCAGGAAGUUUCCAACCAUCAAGUCUGGACGCCGCCAUCUCCCCCUAUCCUCAAGGCACAUGACAUUACAUCAAUCAUUCCCCCGCAGCUCUUUAUUAUCCUACCUUCAAAAAAGACAUCGUCGACUCAAGACUUGUCCCUAGAUCAACGAUUCCGCAUACACUUCCUUUGUGAAGGAGGAGAAGAGAUUAAGCACGGGACGCCCGGCAACAACACAUCGAACACCAUACCAGGCCAUGUUCAUCUGUGUGGCCAUCCUGGAUACGAACUAAAUCGGCCGACGGAGUUCUUUGAUUGUUACGGACCUUAUGUGCUUAACAUUCUGCAGAAGCUGAAGCAUGGAUUUCCAGUCAACGGGAAGAUCGUACCGUUCCUUAAGGACCUGGAGUACGUCAAGGUGCGCAGAGGUUCAUGGAAUAGCGUCCACUUGAUGGAAACCGCCGACGAUAUUGAGGCAAGUGUUGACGAAGUCAUCGGUCACCUUCAGUCUAUAAAAGCGGAUAAAACAUUUGAAGAGAAGGUUAAGGCAGGGGAUUUAAACGACGAUGGACGAACGGACCUGAGCAAGGUGCUGUCGUUUCUGAAGGAUCUUUCCGAAAAUGAGACCGGAGAGGCCGUAAAGCACAGACCUUUGGGAGGACUCUACAGCGAAGAGAGCGAUGACGGUCAGGUGGUAUGGCUGUGUCACCAUCAUCACCAGACACAGUUCGAUACGGAUGUACUGACACGUCUCCGGGAUACCGUCCUCUGGAACGAUGGCGUCUAUGAGUUCGAGCGCGGGAUCCUCAGGCUGACCUUAAGACCGUCGAAAUCCGCAACUCCGGAAUAUCUACUCUCUCACCUAGGACCAGUCAGAGAUGUUCGUGAGCUGGACCUUGUGCUGGAGUGGGAUGCGAGUUAUCAGGACCUACUGACAACCAGAGACUGGAUCUUGGGAAUGCAACGCCUUCAAAAGCUGAGACUGGAUUGCGGCAGGCAUACCGGAUCUAUAUUGGAUCGUGUCGGUCGGAACAAACGUUUGGAUCCCAUGGUGCAUGUGUUGACGGCCAGCAGUUGUCUGCAGUCGAUCGACAUCAUUCACGCUGAGGACCUUUUUUCAAAGUCAUCCGUGUUUGCAGCCUUACAUCAGACUCAAGUACGGGAGAUCCAUCUGGAUGCACUGUUUGACCCGAAGAUGCACUCGGACAAACUACGGACGAUCUUCAACAAAAGCCCACAUUUGGCAACUCUUACCCUGUGCUGCUCCAGCCCCAGCUUUUGUGGGACUAUCGAGCUCGUCAAGGAGCUGUCUAUGGAUCACACGCACUUCAGGCUCCUGAAUCUGUCUAGUGUUAACUUCAAAAUCAGGUUGGAUCGCUCAGAACCUGGAUCUCCCUUGCUGGACCCGAUCCGUUUCAACGAACCGCCCCUUCUCCUCGAUUACAUGGUUCUGGAACGCUAUGGUGCUCAUUUACACACGCUUUUAAUCGGCGACCGUUUCAGGGACGAGGAUGCGUCGGUACUCGACGCAAUUACGCAGCAAUCACAGAACAUGAAGCUGGAGCAGAUCGACUUUCAUGUAGACUACAAUGCGCUCACAAUUUCCCGCCUCACUAGUGUAGGCAAACAGACCCUAUCCAAGACGCUCAAGAGGUUGUAUCUGUCUUCAGUUGACAGUCCUUCGCCGCUGUCGAUUCCUUCGGCAGUUAUAUCGCAAUCAGACCCAAAGAAAGCUACAUUGGCAACCGCGUCAUCUUCAUUGUCAUCACUCGUCCCAGAGAAGGUUGAGUUGGAGCAUGUGGUAUCAAUCCCUACGCCUUCCUCGUCCUCGGCACCGCUCCGUAUCACGUUCACAUCGCGAUAUAUGUUCGAGAAGUGGACUGGUUUCAUCGGAGAUAUCUUUCCGUACCUGAUGAGUCUUGACUAUGCGAGUCCUCAUGGUAACAAAUACUGUCUACGACUUUAUGAUGGCAUCUCGCACGCAUCCCAGAAUCAACAACUCCAGCAACAUCAACACUCUAUCAUGCAGUCGUUCACCUUCCGUGGGACUCAUUCUACGUUAAAAGAAACAGGACUCAGAGCGUUAUUACAGAUCCUGUCGAUGUGCCCGCUACUGGAAACCUUUCAAUGGCCACGAGGCAGUCUCACAGGCCCCCAGUGGGAAGAGUUGCUGGGAGCGCUGGAUUACAGUCGGCUCAAAGUGUUGAACCUGAAAGGGUGCAAUUUUGGGGUGAUUAACUUCCCAACCCAUGUGAUACCCAAGGACGGCGGCGAGGGGGAAGGUAGCGAUGAGAAGGGGAAGGUCGUGGUGGCUCUCGAGGAGCUGACGAUUAGCAAGAGUCCGAUGACACCUCAUGCCAAGGAGGCGACUGUGAAGAAGCUGAAGGAGCAGGUGCCUAGAUGUCGGAUUAUUGUAUAGAUCCCGACGAUAGUCUUAUACGUGUGGGCAACAAUGAGAUAUAUUUUUUUCUGAAC